AUGUUCUUUUCCCAUCUGGCUGGCCUGGUAGCACUCUCGAUUGGUCUCACCAAUGCUGUAGAGCUAUCUGGUCACGAAUAUGUAAUCGUCGGAUCUGGCGCCGGAGGUGGGCCACUAGCAGCACGCCUGGCUCUUGCGGGGCACAAGACGUUACUUAUUGAAAGUGGUAACGAUCAAGGGAAAAAUAUCAACUAUACAGUGCCGGCAUUCUCGGCCAAAGCAUCAGAAGAUGAAUCUCUGGCGUGGAACUUCUUUGUGCGGCACUAUGCCGACGAAGGUCGACAGGCUUUGGAUUAUAAAACUUCAUAUGAGACACCCGAAGGCGAUUUGUACACGGGGCUGAGUCCGCCAGAGGGCUCAAAGAUGAAAGGCACUCUUUACCCCCGAGUUGGAGGGCUUGGGGGGUGCACGACACAUAAUGCGCUCGUCACUAUCUACCCACACGAAUCUGAUUUCGAGUAUCUUGCAACACUCACCGGCGAUAGCAGCUGGUCACCAGAUAGCAUGCGCAAGUACUUCGAGCGUUUGGAAAACAAUCACUACCUUCUCCCAUUAAUCUCAGGACACGGAUAUGAUGGAUGGUUGAGCACACAAACAGCUCCUAUUGAUCUCGUUCUGCAAGAUCCUAAACUUCUCAGUUUGCUACUCGGUGGCGCUUUUUCAUUGGGAAAUAUUACCCACUCUGUUUUCAACCUGGGCACACUUCUGGCAGGAGACGCCAACGCUGACUCCAAACUUCGCGACACCACACCCGGAUUCUACCAGAUUCCUAUUGCCUCCGACGGUGGCGCUCGUAACAGCCCGCUGGAACUCCUGACUGCUGUUCGGGAUGCGAAGAACCCUGACGGAUCGAAGAAAUAUCCCCUCGAUAUUCGCAUGAACUGCCACGCCACGAAAGUCACGUUCGACGAAUCCGUUAGCCCGCCUCGUGCAACAGGGGUCGAAUUUCUCGACGGUCAAUAUCUUUACAGCGCUAGUCCUCGAUCCAAGACUGCGGGCAAAGGAACACCAGGAUCCGCUACUGCAUCACGCGAGGUCAUUGUCGCUGGUGGUGUUUACAACUCGCCCCAGCUUUUGAAGCUGAGUGGUGUCGGUCCUCAGGAGGAACUCGAGAAAUUUGGCAUCAAGGUGGUUGCCGAUCUACCUGGUGUCGGUACAAACCUACAAGACCAUUACGAAACCGCUGUGUCUGCACACGUCCCCACAAAUUGGACCAUUUUGGAUGGCUGUACCUUUGGUCAGCAGAAUGAUCCUUGCUUGGAGCGCUGGGAGAACCCCGUCUUGGGUAACCGCGGCAUCUACUCAUCGGACGGGUUUGCAGGAGCUAUGUUCUACAAGAGCUCCGUCACCGCAGACGAUAGCUACGACGUUUUCGUCUUCGGUGGGCCUGUCAACUUCCGCGGCUAUUUCCCUGGCUAUAGCGUGAAUAUUACCGAGCGCCAUGACUGGUUCACUUGGGCUGUGUUAAAAGCCCACCCGCGCAACCAGGCUGGCUCCGUGACACUUAGGUCUGCAGAUCCUCUUGAUAUGCCCGAAAUCGUUUUCAACUACUUCGACACUGGCUCAGGAGACUAUGAGAAGGACUUGGUGGCAAUCACCGAGGCCAUCGGUGUUGCGCGUGGGGCUUUUGACCGUCAGCUUGUUCCAUUGUCCGAGGUCUUGCCAGGCGAUGAUGUGCAAACUGAUGAAGAGAUUCAUGACUACAUCAAAAACACCUCUUGGGGCCACCAUGCGUCGUGUACUUGUCCAAUUGGCACUGAUGAUGACCCUAUGGCUGUUUUGGAUUCGGACUUUCAAGUACGUGGUGUUUCCGGGCUUCGGGUCGUUGAUGCAUCUGUUUAUCCCCGAAUUCCGGGAACCUUCACUGCUCUGUCGACUUUCAUGGUUGGCGAGAAGGCCGCUGAUGUUAUAUUGGAUGCCGCAAAAUCUACCCAAUGA